CCGUCUGUCCCUCUGUCCCCUCUGUCCCUCUGUCCGUCUGUCCCCUCUAUCCCUCUCUCUGUCCCUCUGUCCGUCUGUCCGUGCCAUGCACCGCGCGGUCACUGUCGCUGUCGCUGUCGCUGUCACUGUCGCGGUCGCUAUCGCGAUCGCUGUGGCGGUGUCCGGGGCCGCCGCGGGUCCCGCCUGUCCCGUAACGGCCCCGGAGGGAACCGGGACCGAACCGCGGACGGGAGCGGCUCCGCGCAGAGCCAAACGCUUCUCCUCGGUGCGGCGCUUCGUGGAGCUGUUGGUGGUGGCGGAUGAGACCAUGGCCCGAUUCCACGGUGACGGUCUCCGGCAGUACCUACUGACGGUAUUGGCCACGGCCGCCCGGGCCUUCCGGCACGGCAGCCUCGGCAACGCCGUGGAGCUGCGGGUGACGCGGCUGCUGGUGUUGGGGGAGGGCACCCCUGGACCCCCCCUGACCCCCAACGCCGCCGAGAUGCUCCGAAGCUUCUGCCAAUGGCAGCGAACGCUCAACGACCCCAACGAGGAGAGUCCCCUCCACUUCGACACUGCCCUCCUCUUCACCCGGCAGGACCUGUGUGGGUCGUCCACGUGUGCCACGCUGGGAAUGGCCGACGUGGGCACCGUCUGCGACCCCGAGCGGAGCUGCGCCGUCGUGGAGGACGACGGACUGCCCGCGGCGUUCACCGCCGCCCACGAGCUCGGUCACGUGUUCAACAUGGUCCACGACACCGCGGCGCCGUGCCGGCAGCUCAACGCCCGCGCCGGAGCCACGCGCCGCGUCAUGGCCCCCGUCCUGUCCUCCUUGGAGCCCGGCGAGAUGUGGUCGCCGUGCAGCAGCCGCUUCCUCACCGAGUUCUUGGAGAACGGUCACGGUCAGUGCCUCCUGGACAAACCCCCGGAAUGGCUUCAUUUGCCGCGGGCGCUGCCGGGCAGCGUCUAUGCGGUAGAGCGGCAGUGCCAGUUGGCCUUCGGGGCGGCCUCGCGGCACUGCGGGGAGCGCCGCCCGCCCUGCGCCGCGCUCUGGUGCAGCGGCCACGCCGGCGGCCGCGCCGUCUGCCAAACCAAGCACUUCCCCUGGGCCGACGGCACGCCGUGCUCGCCGGGACGCGUCUGCAUGGACGGCGCCUGCGUCGCCAUCGCCCGCGUGGAGGAGCUGACGACGCCGCAGGACGGCGGUUGGGGCGUGUGGGGCGCGUGGGGCGAAUGCUCGCGGAGCUGCGGCGGCGGCGUCCAACUCUCGCACCGCACCUGCACCGCGCCGGCACCGCGCCACGGCGGCCGCUACUGCGAGGGCAGGAGGACGCGUGUCCGGUCGUGCAACGUGGAUGAGUGCCAAGGCAGCGGCCCCCUCGCUUUCCGGGAGCAGCAAUGCACGGCGUUCAACGGCCGCGCCGAGCUGGUGCGCGGUUUGCCGGCGCCGUCCGACUGGGUACCGCGCUACAGCGGCGUCGCCGAGCGCGACCGGUGCAAACUGACGUGCCAGUCCCACACUUUGGGUUAUUACCACGUCCUACAGCCCACGGUGACCGAUGGGACCCCGUGCUCGCCGGAGAGCUCUGGCGUGUGCGUCCAGGGCCGCUGCGUCGCCGCCGGUUGCGACCGCGUCAUCGGAUCCAAGAAGAAGUUCGAUAAGUGCAUGCGGUGCGGCGGCAACGGCGACGGCUGCACCAAAGCCUACGGAGCCUUCGGCAAAGCGCGCUUCGGCUACAACCACGUGGUGACCAUCCCGGCGGGCGCGACGCACAUCCUGGUGCGGCAAACGGGCGACGCCGCCUUCUUGGCGCUACGGCGGCCAUCCGGUGGCUCCUUGCUCAACGGCGGCUUCGUCCUCGUGCCAUCGCCGACGGACGUGGCGCUGGGCGGCGGCGUCACCCUACGUUACAACGGCGCUACGGCGCCCACCGAGACGCUGGCGGCGAGGGGACCGCUGCCGGAGCCGCUGGUGCUGGAGGCGUUGGUGGUGGACGAGCGGCGAGCGCCGCGGUUGAGGUACAGCUUCUUCGUGCCGCGACGUCCGCCCGACGCCGCUUGGGAGAAGCAGAAAGCUCAGAUCUUGGACGUUCUCCGGCAUCGCCGGCGCGGUUGAAGGAGCGCCGCGAAGGCGCGUUGGGCCGAGGGAUGACCGCGGCGUCGGUUUGUUUGGGUAUUUAUUGGUGUGUCGAGAAGGAUCGACGCCGGCGGCGGUGAUUCGGUGCAUCGGCGGCGGUGAUUCGGUGCAUCGGCGGCGGUUGGGGGGGACGCUCCGGGCUGGCUCCGGUGCCCCCCGAGCCGGAACUGAGUGCGGUGUUGGCAUUUAAAGCUAUUUAUGGAGCGGGUGGUGUGCGGUGAGCAGCACGGCGGCAACACCGACCCAAAGGGGGGAACCCCCAGUUCCUACUGCCCCCCAAACUGGGGAACCAUCAGUCCAU